AUGGAACCAGGUGACAAGGAAGCUGAACAAUUACGAAAACAAAUCAAAUUUCUUUCUGAUCUUAUAGAAAAUGCUGGAAAGUCAAAGUUGGAGCAUGCUGGAGUACAAUACAGACCAUAUCAUCCAAAACAGGAUACAAAAGGACCUGCAAGCUACAAGCAGAAAUAUGUACACCCCACCCAAGGACCCUCCAGGCAGCCCAUCAAUCAGUACUCAUCUGCAGGAACCAGACCCAGUUCGCAGUUAGCCUGGAAGAGAUCUCAUUCCAAUCCAGACUUAUCGAAACUUGCUCAAUCAAAACAGUCCAAGGCAUCAGGCUUACUGUUGAAUGAGAAAUCUAGAAGUGGUAGUACAUCUCAGGGACAUUUUUUCAAUACUAAUGCAGAUGGAGUUAUGAAAUCUGAAGUAGGGAGCCUUUCCAAGGAUCGUUCUUUGGAUCAAAUCCUCAAGCAUUCUUAUUGCACUAGUGAGCGAAUCUCAUUAUCAGAUUCCGAGAAAUCAGUUUAUAAACACAAUCAACAUACUGCUGAGAAAGCCAGGCUAACAGUGAAUAAAUGGGUAGCCGCUUGUGUAAAACCAGCUGUGGACUUUGUUGUACAGGAGAAAUUAAAGAAAGCUGAAAAGGAGAUAGCCGAAUUAAAGCAGUUGAUCUCAGAGAGAAGUAAAAAUCUCUCACCAGUAAAGCCCAGUGCUGCUCACAAAACAAGUAUUGUUAAAGCAGAAACAUUAGCAAAUGUAUCAUCUGAAAACACUAAACAGUCUAUUUCAUCUAAUACACAUCACACUGCUGAAGAUAGUGAUACAAACUUUGUCCAUUUAUCAAAAUACAAACUUCAGAAAAUGACUCCUACUCAAAAUGUUCAAUGUCAGAGUCAAGCUCCUGUAAGAAGUUUACCAAUUUCCACCAAUCAGUCAUUAGUUACCAAUUCAUUUUCCAAGUAUCUAUCAUCUGGUGCUAUUCAAUCAAAACUGAUCUCAGAGAAGACCCAAAAGUCGUCCAAGUAUAUCAAGAAAUCAAAAUACUCCCUUGUAAGAGUUCGGACUCCAUCAAGUAGUGAUAAAAAACAAUCUUCAACGUCUUCAAAACCCCCCUCUAAGCUUGUGUCUCUCUCAAAGUAUUCAUUGAAAAGAAUACGGAGAUCACUGUCUGAUGAAAACAAGCAUGGUGGAAUAGGAAGCACGUACAAUAGCCCUGUUCAGAAAAUUGCCAAAACUAUUCGUACAAAAUACAAAGUCCGGAAGAUACCCUUUGAAAAUCCCUCUCAGGUGCGGUACCAAGACAGUGGGGCUAGGAUUCCAAAGCCUUAUUAUCAGGAUCGAAGGAGGCUCCAUUCACAAUCAUAUUAUUAUCAGGAUCUCAUGAAUUCUCAUUCAUAUUCGUCUCAAAGAGGCUGGCAACGUGGAGCGCAAUGGAAAACCAGACAGAGUAACAAAAGGAGAAAAUUCCAUGGCUAUUUCACAUCUUGGCAACAGCACCGUAGAAAGACGUACUACAAUUACAGGCAUGAGGCUCUGAAGAAAAUAGCCAGGCUUAAGCAGAGUGUUCCCUUUAACCCUGUCCUUCGAUUGGACCGGCGUAAAACACCCAAGCCUGGUUUGACUGGUUCACGUCUGAUCAUGAUCAACGGGAUGCUAUACAGAUCAAGUGAGGGUCAAAAGAAGCUUGUCAAGUCAAAACUAAACCAGUCAGGAGUUGCCCAGAAACAGCAAACGGAAGGGUCAGGAACUUCAGCUUGCUUGGUGACAGGAAAAUCUCGGUCAGCAGCUACAGUUGUGGCGGCCUCACGAGUGGUGAGCAAGACACUGGCAUGGGCCGCAGCCCGGCAGGCUCGGGGCGGGAAGGGAAAUAAAUAUUGCAUAUUUUAUAAUCGGUUUGGGAGAUGUAACAGAGGAGACAGUUGUCCCUACAAACAUGACCCGGAAAGAGUUGCAGUUUGUACGAGGUUUCUACGUGGGACGUGCAAGGUGGACAAAUGCCCAUUCUCCCACAAGGUGUCUAAGGAGAAGAUGCCCGUGUGUUCGUACUUCCUGAAGGGCGUGUGUUUUCGUGAUAACUGCCCGUACCUGCAUGUGAAUGUGGGCCGGGACGCGGAGAUCUGUGAGGACUUUGUGGCUGGAUAUUGCCCACAGGGGGAACAGUGCAAGAAGAGACAUAUUCGAGACUGUCCAGUGUUCGGCAGGACUGGUCAAUGUCCAGAAGGUGACCGCUGUAAACUACGACACACACCAAUGGCUAAACGGAAAGCUGCCACGAUCAAGGAGGGAUUAUUCAAAAAGGUGAAGAAGGAGAAAAAUGACGGGGGCAAUUAUGAGAAAGCAGCAGCAGACCGUACCACUGAGACUGGUCCACUCUCUCGAGGCAGCCGGUUACCAGCCUACAUCUCACUGAAAACAAUAACCAGUCAACACACUGAUGAUGUCAUAAUUAUCGAAGAUGAUGCUGAUAAACAGAUGUUAAAAAUUGUUCCAUAUCUCCAAUAAUAACUAUGGAAAAGGCAGCCAUCUAGACGAAUAUCAAGUUUGCCAGAUGGAAAACAUCAGAACCGUUUUUCCAUUUAUCACCAAAUACAUACAUGUUUUUACUCUAAUAAUAAGGAAAUUUGUGCUUACACCAAGUCAUACUAAACAAUAACAAAAUUGAGAACAGAUGUAGAUUUCAGACAUGUAAAACUGGUGUCAAUUGACCAUGAAAAUUGGUUUAUAAUUAUGUGAAAUUUAAAUGUCCCAUGACCCUAAAGUAUUUUGGUAUUAUUUAAAGUUGCACUCUCAAAGAUAUGCUGAUUUGACAACCUUUUUAUAUUUUGUCUUGGAAUAAUUUGAAUUUUAUUUUUUUGUCCUCAUAAUAUGAAUGUCUGAACACAGGUUAUUAAAGGCUACUGACAAAAUAUGAGAUCACAGUUUUUUUAUUUACGUUGAAAAAAAAUGAUGUUUUAUGCCAAAAAAAUCCUUAUUCUUAAAGUGUCAGUAAUGAUUUCAGCUAUAAAACAUUAAUUUUAAAUCCUAAAUAUGAAGUUUUACCUAUACUUUUGUCAUCAGUCUUAUAUUACCUGAUGUUCAGCUUCAGACAUUCACGCAAAAAAUGGUUUAUCCAAAGACAAAAAAGUGUCAAAUAAGUCAAAAUGGUCAAUCUGUGAGAGUGCAGCUUUAAAAUAGUUUUAUGUGUAGGUAAAGGAAAAGUAAGUAUUAUAUGGGAGGAAAAUCUUUAUAAUCUAGCUGUUUUGACCUUGAAAGCUUGCAAAAUAAAUUAUGUCGUGUCAAAUCACUUGAAAAAGUAAACAAAAAUACAAACUGCAAUAACUUGGGCUUGUACACAUUUAGGUCAUCUAUUUCAUUUAUUGGUUAUCUGCAAGCAAUACCCUUUUAAAGCUGCACUCUCACAGAUGAAACAUUUUGACAACUGUUUUACUUUGUCUUAGAAUAAGCCAAUUUAUGCAGAAGUGCAAAAAAGACACAGUGAUAUAGGACUACUGACAAAACAUCGAAUCGCAGAUUUUCGGUAAAUCUGUGAGAGUGCAGCUUUAAAUGAUACCAAAAUUAUAUGUGCUCGCAAGGUAUCAAAAUUUAACAUUACUGCCAAUGUGGCGAUGAAAUUGCUUGCUUAUUUCGUACAUCGGAAACGUUUAGCAAGAUAUAUUUGAAACACAAUUAUCAAACAUCCCUUUCUCCUGGAUGAAAAAUACCUCAAACAACAUAAUCAAUGAGCUAAUAUUACAUUGUAAGUCUACGCCAAACUAAUCAAUCUAUUGUCUUGAUAAAAAUGUGUGUUAGACUAUUGAAUUGCAUUUGAUGGAACCUAACACACAUUGACAGAUUUAACAAGAUUGUCAAACUACGUAUAUACUACCAAAUAAGCAGGUAUUUCAAUAAUAAUAGUAAUAAUGCACCUCCCACAGACACUCUAUAACAACAGAUUUAACAAUAUUGUCAAAAAAUAUAUAAUACCAAUAUAAGCAGGUAUUUCAAUAACAAAAAAAUAGUGUGGCAGGUCGGUGAAGCGUUUUUCUGCAGCUAGAAUCAUUAUUCAGAAUUAAGAGUUUGCUUGGUUAUCAGUUCCAUGCUCUGUUCACAACUCCUCUCAUUUAAAUUUGUUCUUAAAGGGACUUGACACCAGAUGAUACAGUUGCAAGAAAAAAAAAGAAAAUUGUCAAAAACUUAACAUAAAAUUGAUACUGUUGUGUACAACACAUCAAAUCUUACUUACUGACAUAUCCCUUGUAUCAUUGCAGUUUUUGCGGUUUUUUUCAAAUACGAAAUUUACUUGGUUUGUCUACUAUGUUAAUCCUAGAUAAUUUAAAAAUUGUGUCAGUAUAUAUAUUUAUAAUUAUCACGUGCCUUUCACAUGCUUAAAACUAUAAACUGGGAAACCAUUAUGCGCUAUUUUUUAACGCGUAAACUACGCUGAGACAGCGACAAAAUAUUAUUUUAAUAAUGUAAAAUGAAGUUUAUUCGGCCUCAUACUAGCUUGUAUUGACAAUUCUAGGCUUGUUUUGUGGAAAUAAUGUAUUUGCCGAUUAUAGGGCCAUCUGGUGUCAGCCCCUUUAAUAUGUAAGAUGAUAUCAAAGGAUGGUGCCUGGAUAUAUAAAGGUGAGUAAGUUAUUCUAUUAUUGUAACUAUUGCACCUUUUCUCUUUCUAAAUUAAUGAAAUAAAUUCAAGGAGUUUACAGAAUAGUCUGGUAAUCUUUUUUUUGUGUAAAAGGUUUAGUAUUCGAAGCCAUGGUUGUAUGAUUGGAUUUUGUAUAUGCCUUAGUUUUUAUGUCCCGAAGGGUGGCAUACAGUAUUUAUUGCACUGUUUAUCUGUUUAUCAGUCCAUUAUGUCAUGUCCCAGCCAUAAAACCUUUACAGAAUUGUACACAAGCAUGGGAAGGUGUAUUGCUCAUACUAACACCACAAAGGUCAAUGUCACACUUAAAGGUCAAAUGAGCUAUAAUAUUAUUUUCUCAACUAUAACUUACUCAAUUUCAUUCAGAUAUUGGUCAGACUUGACAGACUUGUAAGGGAAAAUGUGUCAGGCAUAGCAUUCGUGGUCUUACCUUAAAGGUCAAGGUCGCAGUAAGGUCAAGGUCAUUGGAAUCUGAGUUUUAUAGUAAUAUGUUGUGUCUCAGCUGUAACUUUAUCAUGGAAUGAGUUUCAAUUGAAAAAAGUCAUACAACUUGAGAUUCAUACAUCAGUUACAACCAUCUAUCAUAUUAUACAAAUGGCUAUUACUCUAACAAGACCAAAUUGAGGACAUUUGUCAUGUGUCUGUGACAGCUCUUGAUCGUACAGUCAAACCCCAUUGACUCGAACUUGCUUGGGGCGAAUUUCUCAGUGACUCGAAGUGAAUGUUCAGGACCGAGUUCAUUAUGCUGAACGUUAAGUAUUCCCGCUUGGCUCGGAUUUUCCGAAGCUCGAGGUAUAUUCGCUGGUCCUUGGGAGUUCAAGCCUACAGGGUUUGACUGUAUAUUAUAAAGUGAAUCUGUAAUUAAAAAAAAUACAUUUAUUAUAUUUGAAUGAAAUUUCAAAGAGUUCAUUCUCAUUUAAAUAAUGAUAUUAAUUACUUUUCUUUUGUUAUGUUUAAAAGUAUUACUUUUGUGUGCUAUAUUUUUUUUAAAUAAAAAUGCUACUAUAUUAGUAGUAAACCUUGAAAACACUUACAAUAUCUUUGUUGAGUUGUUUUGGUGUAAGAUUACAAAGAUUGAUUCUUUUUAUGUAUUAUGAUUGCUUUUAAAAAAAAAAGAGCAGCAAUCCUAAUAAUAAAUACUUGUAAGAUACA